GAGAGGAGAGAGAGAGAGGAGAGAGAGAGAGAUAUUUUGUUUCUUCACCACUUGGAAUCAAAACCCACAAACUUAAGGACAAAGCUUAGCACACUACACAGUAGUCAUCGUACAAAAUCACAUGAAGUGUUAACAUCAUCUUUGGACCACCGCCCCACCACCACCACCCCACCACCCUCUCCCCCGACCGCUACCUCAGGCUGCCUCCUCCGCCCCCGCACGCCGAAAAUAAAAAACCCCCCUUUUUCCAGCCUAAGAAAAAAAAAAUGCCUCCGUUUAUGUACUGUUAAUUAAGACAGCAGCCAUCACUCAUUACCAGUAAGUAUAAGUAGUCUCCAGAUUCUUCGGCAGAUUGUCUCAGUGUACUUGAAACAUUCCUCAGUGUUGUGUCUCUCACUCCUCGCAACCAGCUUUUCUGUUUUUAACGGAUUCUCUGCUCUCUGAGAUUCUUGAAAAAGCGAAAAAAAAAAAAUAGAUAUUGCCGAUUAGUUUUCGUUCGAGAAGGGAAAGAUGAGUGGAACAGCAGCACCAGUGAUGGCUGUGGGAGUGGGAGGGGGUGAAAUGGGGUACGGGGGGUUUACGCCCCCGUUCACAGCAAUGCAGUGGCAAGAGCUUGAGCAGCAAGCCAUGAUAUACAAGUACUUGGUCGCUGGCAUGCCGGUCCCACCGGAUCUUGUUAUGCCCAUUCGUCGUAGCUUAGAAGCACUCUCCGCCCGCUUCUUCAACCACCCCGCCAUGGGCUAUUGUUCGUAUUAUGGGAAGAAAUUCGAUCCGGAGCCAGGAAGAUGCCGGAGAACCGACGGGAAAAAAUGGAGGUGCUCGAAAGACGCACACUCGGACUCGAAAUACUGCGAGCGACACAUGCACAGAGGUCGCAACCGUUCAAGAAAGCCUGUGGAAUCAACCCAAUCUAACACUACUUCUCAGCCCUUUUCGACUGCAAUGUCGAACAUCUCAACUAGUAACAACAACAACAACAACGGUAGCUUCUUAAGCAAUGGUGGCGGAAGCUUCCAAGACAUGCAGCCGUUGUACUCUGCUGUUCGUUCGGAAGGACUGACUUUCGAGAGCAGUGUGAAGAAGCUGCAAAUGGAAACUAAUGCCUAUGCUGCGAUGGAUAAUAAGGACUUCAGGUACAUUCAUGGACUGGCUACUGAUGCGGACGACAGUAGUUUCUCUCCGGAAGCUUCUAGAAGCAUGGGAUUAGGUUCAUCUGCAGGCAGCAGCAGCAGCACAUGGCGUCUGACGCCUUCUCAGUAUUCGUCGAGCUCCCUUUUCAAGCAGAGAUCCGAUCCUCCGCUGCUGGACCACCAUUACUCCCCUGCUCCACAAACUAUGCCGCCUCGUGGCUUCCACUCCACUGAUAUCAACUUCUCGAAACCAAACCAGCAGCAGCAUUGCUUCUUCGGGAGUGAUAAUAACGGGAUAGGAAUGAAACAGGAGAAUCAGCAACAACAACCUGUGCAUCUUUUCUUCAGUGAGUGGCCCACAACUAAGGAAUCUCAGUCGAAUCUCGACGAAGAAGGAUCUAAUCCGAGUGUGUUUUCGUCUACUCAGCUCUCUAUCUCGAUUCCUAGUGCCUCUUCUAGUUUCUCUUCGAGGAGUGCUUACUCUGCUAACGAUGAUUGAAGGUGGAUAGAUGAUUAGAAAAAACUUGAAGUCAAAUCGGACUUUGCUGCUUGUUGAUUCGUGUAUUUGAAGAAAGAACGGUUAUGCUGUGAUUUGUUGUACGAGGUUUGUGUACUGUAAUAAGUGUGUGACUUGUGAUGUUUUGAUUUGUCUGUCAUUUGUUUUCAGCAAUUUUCUCUCAAGUGAAACUGCUUAUGUUGUGUUGUUGGAUUGAUGCUUUGUUUGAAUUCUGGUUCUUGAAUAAAUGUACUCUAAAUCACUUUUUUGCUUAUUCC